AUGAAAAUUCGUCUUGACAGCGGAAAUGUGCUUUUUCCACUAUGGCCUCACUUUGAUUCCGAAGGCCAUCCCGAGGUCCGGGAAAACGCUCCUAUCUUGUUCGAGCAGACAACUGGUCAGUUGUCAGACCUUCAAGCGCGACCCGACGAAGAGGCGACAAAUACCCGUAAGCCGCAACUGCUAAUCACCAAAAUAAGAAAUGUGCUUGACUCAUUUUAUCUGCUGCCUGGCGCUCCAUUUUGUGUCUGGUUUCAGGCUUAA